ACCGGCAACUAUCUCUGCGGGGAGCAUCGUCGUCGUCGGGAGGAGGCGGGUUGCCAGACGGUUCUUCGUGCCGCCUGGACUCCUCGCUUAGGCCCGCCGGGGAACCGUGCGCCGCCUCGCCCUUCGUGUGCGUGGUGACGAGAGUGCCUACAGCCAAGGACCCCUUCUACAGGGGCGUCUGCAACUCCUCCUAUGCUG